AUGGGUCCUGGACAUCGUGCUGGACCAUUGAAACAAUCAAAUAAGAAGCACAAGAGUGGUCGGCAUCGUACAAAGGGUGCAGUGGAUGCAGUUGCUGGAGGUAAAGUAAUUUGCAAAGCAACAGCUGGAAAACAACGCUUUUUGGUUGGUAAAAAAACUCGACGUCUACAAACUCAACAGAUACGUGAAAAUAAACGUGCUGUUCUAUUAUCUUGCAAUUACCUGCAGCAACCUCCAAUAUUUGUUACAUUCCUAUCAUUUGAUCAGAAUUACUCGGCCGAUGAACUUAUAGCGUUGUUAUGUUCGUGUGAUGAAACUUCUUAUCGAAACACGAGUUAUAAUGGUUGUUCAAAUCAUCUCUGCAUUAAGCGGCUCAAAAGUCGUUAUGUGUUUGCUGCACCGGAUUGUUCAAACAUUGAUGUUGUACUUGAUUACGUGAAAGUGUCCGAUGUUAUUGCGUUCAUUUGGCCAGCUAAUGGUGAAAUUACAGCGGAAGAUGAUAUUUUAAUGAGUACCUUAUUGGCUCAUAGUUUGUCGGUUACUGUACACUUUGUACCAGGCCUCGGCACAGCUGCAACUCCGAAACAAAAAGAAAUUAUACGCAAAAAUGUUAAAAAACUGAUCGCAAAUUGGAGUUUUCGAGAUGAGAAGCUGAUGCCCUUUGAUAGCGAAAGGGAUGCUUUACUUGCCCUACGCUUGAUCAGUACAAUGAAGAAGAAGUUGUCAUGUAUGCAAAAGAUGCGACCAUAUUUAAUUGCUGAAAAUGUUGAAAAAAGUGAAGUUGAGGGAGAUUUAUGCACGUUGAAAGUUUCCGGAUAUUUGAGGGGACCGUCGUUGAAUGUUAACAGUCUUGUUCAUAUAUCAUGGUUGGGUGAUUUCCAAAUGAAACAAAUUGUCGUGGAGGAUGAUCCGUAUGCGCCUGAUAAGAAGGUUCGGAUUGGUGGCAAAGCACCAGGAGCUACAUUCAAACCGGAUGUGAAUCUGCAAACAUUGUUGCAAUCUGAAAUGGUUGCAGAUCCUAUGGAUGCAGAGCAGACGUGGCCAACCGAGGAAGAGAUUGUGAAGGAAGCAUUUAAAACAAAGAAAAUAGUGAAAAAAGUACCUGUUGGCACAUCGGCAUAUCAAGCUGAGUGGAUUAUUAAUGAUAAAGAUGAGAUAUCUGACGAAGAGAUUGAGGAAGAACUGGAGGAUAAUAAUGCCUUGAAAGAAGCAAUGAGUAGAGAGGAGUCGGAUGUCGAAAAUGAAAUGGAAAUAGAAAAGAUGAGCGUCAUAAGUAAUACUGAAAGUUCCAUGGAUAUUAAAGAUGAAGAAAUCAAUAUGGCAGAAGUAGAAAAAUACCGGAAAGCCCGUGAAAAUGAGCGGUUUCCUGACGAAAUUGACACACCAAUGGAUGUAGCAGCUAGAAUUCGUUUCCAGAGAUACCGUUCUUUAAAAAGUUUCAGAACAUCGCCCUGGGAUCCGCUUGAAAAUCUUCCAAAAACAUAUUCUCGUAUUUUCAAAUUCUCGGAUUAUCGGCAUUCCAGAAAAGUCGCAUUCUCAAAUGCUGCAACUGAAACUGAAUAUAGCCCACCACGAGGCACAUUCGUUUCUAUUUAUAUCUCCAAAGUACCCAUCAGUUUAAUAGAUAAUUGGCCGCAUAGUAAGCCAUUAAUAAUUUAUGGAUUACUAGCACAUGAACAGAAGAUGUCACUUCUUAAUAUGGUGCUUAAAAAGCACCCAUCUUGUACUGUGCCAAUACCAAAUAAGCAGAGAUUGAUAUUUCACGUAGGUUAUCGACAUUUUGAAGCGGAGCCAGUCUUUUCACAGCAUACAAAUGGUGACAAGUUUAAGAUGGAGCGGUUCAUGCCGAACGAUGGUGCAUUUGUUGCGUCGACAUUUGCACCAAUAAUGUUCCCACCCACUCCUGUACUGGUUUAUCGAUUAGAUAGCCGAGGAAAUCAACAACUUGUCGCAUCAGGUGGUGUGCUAAAUGUCACCCCGGAUCGAAUUAUUCUUAAACGCAUCGUUCUUUCUGGGCAUCCAUUUAAAAUUAAUCGAAGAAGUGUCGUCGUACGCUACAUGUUUUUCAACCGCGAGGAUAUUGAAUGGUUUAAACCUGUAGAGUUGCGCACUCCACGUGGUCGAAGGGGACACAUUAAGGAAGCAUUAGGAACACAUGGUCAUAUGAAAUGUGUAUUCGAUCAACAGCUUAAUGCGAUGGAUACAGUGAUGAUUAGCCUUUAUAAACGAGUUUUUCCGAAAUGGACAUACAAUCCUAUCACACUGCAUCCUUUGUCUGGACCACCUAAUGAAUCUGAACUGAUGGAAAUAUAA